AAUAUUAAUAUGUGUACUUUAAUUCUGGAAAAGGAUUUCUAAAUCUAUACAAGAAUUACAUAUGAAAUCUCAUAAUGAUGUGCACGAAUGACUACAUUAUCGACCUCGAUCAAAUUUCAAAGGCACUCCUGGAUCCCCUUAACAUAUAUUUGUGUCCAAUCGAUUUCUAUUCAUGGUCUCGUUUCUUGAAAUUUCAAAGGUAAUUAAAUUAAAAUGUAAAAGUGGUCCCAAAAACUAAAUACCCAUAAUGAUACCAAGAAAGUAUCUUUUUUCACAUGAUUAAGAUUAAUGCUAGCAAUUGAUGAAUCAAAUUUAAUAUUGGGACGUUAUAUUAUCAUCCCAACGAGACACUGGCCAAUACGCAUAUCAAAUGAAUGUCAAAAGUCGAAAGAAGAAGAAGCAGCCUGAAACUCGUAGCAUGCGAGAAAUGAAAAAAAAAAAGGAUAUUAAUUUAUAGAGAUAGGGAUAUAAGCAGAGACCGGGCAAAAAAGAAAAUGAGAUAAAAGUGAGGGUGAAGAUGGGGAAGCGUGAAACCAACUCUGCCUUCGUGUACGUUGAACGGAAUGCGAACUCGUGUCGAACAAAAGGAAUAAUAUCGCGAAUCACGACUGAUUUGCGCAACUUAACAAACCCGGUCUCUCUCUCUCUCUCUCUCUCUCUCUCUCUCUCUCUCUCUCUCUCUUUCUCUCUCUCUCUCUCUCUCUCUCUCUCUCUCUCUCUCUUUCUCUUUCUCUUUCUUUUUCGUAGCGGCGACUAACCCGCAUUUUCUUUAUUAGCACCGUAAACAUUCAGUACCGCGUGCGUUCACGUAUGUAUACUAGGGUUGUGCGUAUACAUUACAUACGCGUAUUAUACAUACGCGGAACGGCGGACGUGGCGUUUGGGGUCUCAUACGCAUGUAGAGAGGGUGUGUGGUGUGUGUGCGUGUGUGUGUGUGUGUACGCACGCGCGCAUAUAUGCGUACUUUUACGCUUCCCUAAAUUUUCCUAUAGGUACGACAGAUAUAUAAAUAUAUAAAUAUAUAUAUAUAUACAGGGUGAGUUUUAAUGGCUGUCUCAACUUUUCACCAUAAGAAAUGGAAUUACCAACUGCAAUCUUAGUACAUACAUGUACGGCAUUUGCACAUGCAUAUGUCGUACAUGUGUGUACUAAGAUUGCAGUUCGGCAAUUCCAUCUCCCAUGAUAAAAAGUUGGGACAGCCAUUAAAACUCACCCUGUAUAUAUAUAUAUAUAUAUUUAUGUGUGUGUACGUGCACAUAGACGCGCAUUUUGACAUGUGCUUUACUAUCUUUUCCUCUUUUCCUCUUCUCUUUCUUCGUGUACAUCCGCGCGCAUCUGCGUGUGUUUGUGCGUGCGUGUAUGUAUGCGCGUCCAUGCGUAUCCGUAUCGACUGGUGACCCCGUUAGUUAGCUCGCUCGCUAACAGGCCUCGUUUGCUUCGCUCGCUCGUUCACUCUUACUUUCAGUUCGCGAGCGAAAGUAAAGAUCUAAUAAAAAGCCCGCAAACUGGUUUUUCAGGUAUAUCGCGUGUUAAUGCUAAGGAGAUCCAGCCGCUGGCGCGGCUGGAGUGCCUCUAUUGCUGGCCUAUUGCCUAUCGCUCUACUACCAUCGCCGUCCCUUCUCCUUCCCAGAUACGUCUUUCGCGUAUCUCGAAUCGCAAUAAUCUAUUCCUUCGCCUCGUUGCACGAAUUUCCGCGCGCACGAACUUCUAAGGGCAGCAUCCCUCUGUGUAACCGUUGAAAAAAGAAACUAUUUAUUAUCAUUAUCCUAAGGAAAUAUCCGCGAAAGAAGCGUCGAUCAGCAUCAUAACGUUCGAAGAAUUGAGCAACGUAGAUGUGCACGCACGUAUCGAUAAAGACACACAUCUACGUCGGGCCGUCUACGCGUGCCGAUGAAUUGAUGAGACGCGAGACAAGUCUCAAGGAAUCGAAUUCCUGAGAUUCUGAUCGACGAUUUCAAAUAUCCUCUCAUAAUACCUGCUUUUCAUCUUUAAUCGUUGCAGUACAAUGUGAAAAAACGGCACCUUAUCGGUACAAAGGUGAUUAAGUUAUAUCACAUUUUAUUUUUUCAAAAUAAAAUACAUACUAAACCCAACCACUUUUCAUACACCUGUUUAAAGUGGUUGAAGAUGAACAUAUUUUGAAGUCCGAGAUAACUGAUUUUUCAAUACAUAAAUAUGUAAUAUGACAUAUAAAGAAUACUGUUUACUUUUAAUAAGACCUACUAUGCGUGAACGAGCGAAAAAGAUAGAAAAGGGGAAAACGGUUGCAAAAUGUCGAGGGAAGCGACAUAUAUCACGUACAGAAAUACAGAUAUAUAUAUAUAUAUAUAUAUAUAUUUGCAUACUAUAAAAAUAAAGAUAUAUAUGUAUAUUAUUUGACCGUUUUCGUUAUUUGUUCUGAAACGAUCACGUAAAAUCUAUACAUUGUUAAACUCGGUACGUUUGAAAAUCUUUCGGUCGAGAUCGUCGAAUCCUUUCGCCCGAUUGAAUGUCAAUCAAUAGCGGAACCUGUCACGAAGAGCAGAAGGAAUGAUUAAAUGAAUGAAAGCUCUUUCGCCUUGCAUACGGGAAGAGAAUCGAUAUGUCGAUCGCGACGAAUUAGUUCAAAUGUACGGGAUAAUGAGCGGCUAUGAAAAUUUGGCUACAACGAUAUUUCACAAUUAUCCGCGGCGCGCUAGAAAGAGAUCUCGUCCCUUCGACCAUCCAUUACAAUUAAGUUAUUACACUGAUUAAUGGCUAUUACUUUCUAGUAGCGGCAAAAUUAGUGACCGCGUUAUGAUCGUGUACAUGUGUAUGUAUGUACAAGUCUCUAUAUGUGUCUAUAUUGUAUGUGUACGUGUAUAUUGUAUGUAUAUGUGUAUACGUGUAAGCCCGCAUUUGUUGCAAUAUGUAGUGACAUAGACAAUAUCAAUAUCAUAAUGGAACGCGCAGAGAGAUAUAGAGAGAGAAAGAGAAAGAGAGAGAGAGAGGGGGGGGGAGAAAGAAAGAAAGAAAAUGUUAUAUAUACAUGGUACUGUAACGAGAAAAUAUCGUUGUAGCCCUUCACCGCCAUUCUUCUUUCGACAGCUCGUAAGGAGUGCACACACGGCUCACGUGUGUCACGCCUUCCUUUCAAUGCACGAUCUUUUCGCCGUUUACGGGUUAAAAUACACAAAAUGCAUAGCACAAGACCGCUGGAGCAAUGAGCAUCUUGUGGCGAAUGUGAGGACUUUAUGCUGGAUGCUUAUUGAUUUAGCUUUUAUGCUUAUGCUAUGCAUUUUAUGUGUUUAGACCCUAAUGGCCCUCGUACAUUGAACGCGAUAACCGACAAGCGAUGAUAUCCAAUGAGAGUUCUGCAUUUUCGUACAUUACAUCAUAUUGGAAGAAGCAGAAUUCUCAUUGAAUAUCACUCGUUGGAUAUCACUCGUUGCUCAUCGCACUCAUUGUGCGAGGGUCAUAAAAGGGCUGUCAUACACAAAAUGAUAUAAGCUGCAUAACUGCAUAAGCAUAGCAUAAGAUCGUUGAACCGAUAAGCUCCCAGCAUAAAGUCGCCAUAUUGAUUAACAUAAGAUGUUCAUUGGCGUAGCGCUCUUAUACUAUGCAUAUGCAGUUUAUGCCAUUUUGCGUGCGACAGCCUCUAGGGCCAUCCAACUUUAUGCUGAGAGCUCAUUGCUUCAACGAUCUUAUGCUAUGCUUAUAGAGCUUAUGUCAUGUUGUGUGCGAUAGCCUUAAUCCUUUCGUGCCUGAUGGGACAUAUAUGUCUUGAUUUUUCAAAAAUUAAUUUCUUCUGAAAUUUGUUGUAUUUAUAUAUAAAUAUACAAUGGUUUUCGAGGUCGCUGAUAAUGAAUGUGCAGGUAAAAAUCUCAAAAUUAAAAACGAUGAAUCGAAUAUAGCGGAUCAAAAUGCUAAAUUUUGUGGGAUUUGGAUUCGCCAUAUUGGAUCCGCCGUUUUAAAUGUUGAAAUUUUUACAUAUUUAUAAAUUAUGAAUCGUAAUCAACGAUUCAAAAAUCUUUAGUAAAACACGAAUUAAAUACUAAUUAUUCCUAAAAUAAAGUUCGACACGAAAGGCACACUAAUCCGGAAGAUCGUUCCUGUGCGGAUUCGGAUUGGUGCGGAUCGAAGAUCACUCUCGCGUGAUUUCAAGAUCGAUAAUGCCGGAAGUUCCGCUGGUCGCUCUCUUGAAUCAAGAUUGGGUCGCAUCGACUUCCGGCGACCAAUUAGAGUGAUUGAAGCGAAGCCGCCGUGUCAGAAGAAUCGCGCUUUCCUAUUCCUUUCUUCCCUUUCCCCCCUUCUUAACUUCGCGCUUUCCUUUUUCCUAUCUAGCAGUGUCCUCUUUACUCAAAUGUUCCUCUUCGUUUCUCGUUUCAGUCGUUUGACAGUUCUCGCGUCAUCUUCCUCUCUUCGGAUUGUCCUCGCGAUGAGCAGGUCGAAGCUUGAUCCUACAAUAUAAACAUUUAAUAAGUUUAUAUACCUAUAUAUAUGUAUACACAUAUACACAUACACACAUACACACAUACACAUACACAUAUACAUACAUACGUACAUAAUACAUGCGUACUUGCGAUAGACAUGAUCGAACGUGUAUACAGAUAAACGCGUACAAUACAAUAUAAAUCGAUAUUCUCUAUACAUGUACACGCGAAAAAAAAAACCUAAAAACAACGACGCACGCAUGCCGCGCGUACGGAAUUUACGAUAAUUACUGUUAACACGUUCCGUGCCCAACCAAUUUUGUUUUGUAUUUAUUAUAUUUGUUAAGCAAAAUGUAUAUUUCAUAAAUUAAGAACCUACAAACAUUAUUAUUAUAUAAAAAAAGAAGGGACUAAUGUACUAAUAUUACAUUAUACAUCAUAAUUAUGUAGUCACGAUAUCAGAAAUUAUUAUAUUAUUACGUUUCUUUUUAUAGUCAAAUUUAUUACGGCCUGAAUGGAACGUGCAGCAUGAAUCCCGAGGGAACGUGGCACGGAAUGUCUUGAUGAUUUAUUGAUAAUAAUAAUUGUAAUAUUAAACUUAACAUUAUCCGUUUUAAGAGGGAGAAGAUAUAUAUGUAAAAUAUGGAUGGAUGAAUGGAUGGAUGGAUGGAGUUAGUGAAAUUAAGAUAGAGAGGAGGAGAGAGAGAAUGCGAACGAAAACAAGUGAAAGAGAGAGAAAGAGAAAAAAAGAGCUAUCUACUUCGUGCGAUUUCCGAGCGUAUAGGUGGGCGCCGAUUUGGUAAAUUUCUUUUUUUUAUUUCUCUGACUUGUCCAUUAUAUAUAUAUAUCCCUAUAUAUAAUAAAAAUGUCAAAAUGUUACCUAUAAAAAAAAAAAUGAAAAUAAAUGUAAACAGAGAAUCGAAGUGAUCUGUCGUCAUUUGUACCCUUUCUUUUUCCCUACUUUUUGUAGAUAUCUUUUUUGCACUUUUUUUAUCGAGUACGUGUUACCUAUUUCUCUUAUUUGUGUUUAAUUUGUGUUUAAUUUAUAAUAGAUUUAUUUACGUUGUUUAACAUUCUUAAAAAUUUUAGCGCUUGAAACAUGACAAACGUUCGAGCGUAAAAAAAAAAAAAAAUGAGGAGUGCAGAAAUACAAGCAAUAAGAGAACAGAUCUAUUAAUAUUUCAUAUAAAGAAUUCCGCUUAUAAUAACGGUCUUAUAGUUGCGUUAAAUUACUACUAGAAUGCUACUUUUCUUAUCAAAAUCACCGAGGAAGCAGAAACUGAUUACUACACGCACUUCCAUAAAAAAAAUCUGCCGAUAUCACUGCCGAUCUCCGAUUCUCCAAGUUUUAAAACUUCAGUAAAUAUAAAAUCUCUACGUUCCUCUUGAUAUUUCUGCUUGAUUGAUCACGGUCACUUACGAUAAUAUUCGGCAUGCGCGUAACGUUUUAUACUUUUUAGUCGCGAGCCCGCUGGGCUUUCGCGUAUAUCGCGUUGCAGUUGCGUGGGGCUAGUGCAGCUCUAUGAGGUAAGUCGACUACUAAACCGGUAUUCGAAAACGAAAUUCCGUUUUAUCAUAACCCGUUACGGUAGCGUGUAAUUAAACUCGUUUCCCAUGCGGCGGUGGCAAUUAUGAAUUCAGAUCGAUCGAAAGUACAAUCGUGCCGUGACAUUCACUCGCGACAGUUUCGUAAUAGCGGCGUUUCGCGGCAAUUAAUUACAAUAUGAAUUGUCACAUCCGCCCGGCAAACGCCUCCUGCGGCCAUGCGCGCAUACGCGUAUACGAGUGUUGUCAUGCGUGAGUACACGCUUGUCCUAGAGGCCAUCCGAUAGAAUGAAAUCCCCCCAGCGGUCGUGCGCCGUGACGCAACGUCGUCGAAUAAAUUUCUCCUUUUGCACCCACGAUUUCCCGAAUGCCGCUGCACCGUGCUGCGCCGCGCUCGUGCCCGGUGGUUGUAUUGCGUAAGCGCGCCGCGCAAAAUUUCGAAUGCAAUCGUGUCGAAACGAACGAGACGCUAAGAUCGCUUUGCUUGUUUACUUUCGUUUUCUCUUAGAAACGUAAAUUCCUCGAAAAACCGCCGCUAUUCCAAAUCCUUCGGGUGUCCUCGUCGUUGAUUACGCACCGCUUUUUAUUCGUCCACGGGGAGUCGUUAGGAACGUCUUUUGCUUUCCACACAUAACGCUCGCGAUUUUUUUUUUUUAUUUUUAACCACCAAAUCACAUUCCGUGCAGCUUUCUUUAAUGAAUAAAUAUAGCAAUCGUUAUGUGUACAAUUUUGCGUAAUAGAUAUAUAAAUAUAUAUAAAUAUUUGCAUAUAUAAAAAUAGAAAUCAAUAUUUCAAUCGCAAACUAAUUUUUAGGAAGAAAUGUAUUUUUAUGCGUUACAGUCGCAACAAUGUUGAAUCGUUAUCGCUCGUGGAAUUUUGCACUCGAACGAUCAACGAUAGUCUUCGUGAGAUUAGAGAAUCGGUGGACCAAAUAAUCGAUUAACCGCUCCGACGGAUUCAUUUACAUUGUAUUAUGCAUCUCAGCAUUUGAGUUGUAUUUUUUAACGUCUAUAUUACGUCGCAUUCUCGGUUUAACCGGAUCGUCGGGGAAUGCUAAUUAAUAGCCGGAUACAUGGACUUUAUAAGAUGAUCACGAUCAGGCAUGCUAAUAGGCCCAGAAAUAUUUUCAAAUUGCGAUUAAUGUUUAUCUCGGUUUAAAGAUGUGGAUAUAAAUUUCGCGAAUUGGCAGCGUUUAAUAGAUCGGUAAAGAUCUAUCGGUGCACGUAGUUCGAAACGCGAUCGGCAUUCCGCGAUGUAAAAACGUUUGACAAGCACUCGUAAUUACUGAAAUUCUUGUAAUUUAUGUUCGCGCGUUUCACGAGCUCCUAUCCCCAAUUUGGUUAAUUACUCCGAAUUUCUCGUUGCAGAUUAACAAUCUCGGCAAAAAUUUCGCGCAUAUUUUAAUACGCAAAUCGAUAUGCGGUAUUUUAAAAGAUCUCUCUCGAUAUAUUUCGAAAACAAUGUGAAAAUAUCUGGGGACACGUGUUACAGCAAUUUUAUAAAGUAUUAUUGUGUACGUGCAAAUAUAUACACUGAACAAAUCCUCCAUGGUUAACACAAAACAGUAUAAAUAAAAAGCGUAGAUAAAUAUUAACGCUGUCGUUCUUCCAUCAAUCAACUUUGUUUAAUUAAAUAGAAUUGGAAAAAUAAAGUUUAAAAAAAAAAGUCAACAAAUUUCUAGAUAACAGCAGGACGUCGAAACCUGUGAUGGUCAUUUUGCUUUGAUUUAGCUGAAAUUCAUACGUUUACAAUUUUAAUUGGCAAAUCUUUUGCAUCAACAGUCAAAUCAGAUGAUAGAAGACUUGAUUUUAUUUUCUCUCCAAAUUUGCGCGCAGCACAUUUUUACGUCGAUCCGUUCGAUUAUCCGCUCGAUCGCCGAUUUGGUUGCGAGGGGGAACGUACGACCGCGAUUACGCAAGGUCGACGAAAAGUUUCAGCUGGCGUUGCGAGAUAGACUGAAUUCUUCUCGAUCGUCGCGGUCAGUUGACCCGCGGAAUGCGUCCGCGCGCGAUCGCGUGUUCCGCGAUCGGGACUCGCGAGAUACGUUUUUCACCCGCGUCUAUGAAUACAUUCGCGCAGAACGAAAAACGAGCGACGUCGCCACAGGACACACUUCAAUCCAAUCUUUCAUGAUCGAUUGUUUUUGACAAGAGCAAUUGACAAAACCCGAUAACGGGAUCAACUAAAACGACUAAAGGGGUUUAAACCAACAACAGCCCAGGAGAAAUGAAGACGAGCCAAGUUAAAGCCAGGAAAUGUGGGAUCAGCUACCUGAGCUGAUAUUGACACAAAUAUUUGGCCAUCUCGAUCGUACUGAUCGCGCCAGUGUCAGCCAGGUCUGUCGAUCAUGGAAUCACGCGUUGUCCUCACCUGUGCUUUGGCGAUCCGUCACAGUCCUCAUCGAUCGAGAUUUGCGCGGCAAUUUCCCUCUAGCAGAAGAACUAGCCGCAAAAUAUGGGCAACAUAUGCGCAGCUUGGAACUUGCCUUUUCACGGCCGUACAUCUCGCCGAGGCAGAUCAGGAUCAGGCGCAAUACUCAGGCUGAAGCGGGUGCUGAUUUUCUUGCGAUUGUGCGCGCCAAAAAUGUACAGCUACGGCGACUAAUAUUGACCAAUUGGGUGUUCGGCUACAAAUGGGGCAAUCGGGGAACACUGCUCUGUGCCCUAGCAAACUUUCUGCGCGGUCAACGCAGCUUGGAGAUUCUGAGUUUAUUAAACGCCGACUUUAGCGUGACUGAUGUCUUGCGACUGCUAGGAACAGUUGUAAAAGGAUCUGGCGAACAUCUAGUCUCCCUGGAUCUUCGUGGUGCUUUCAGAGAGUGGCAAGCUCCUCACGAUAAUCCGAGAUACUUGCGUCUAUUAGGUCGUUUCCACGCGCUAACUCUAUUAAAAUUGGAUUAUCCGGCUUUAUCAAAUCAUGCUCUUGACGCUCUUGCGAGCGGAGCGAAAACGCUUAAGUAUCUGUACAUAUCCGUGAGGGAUUCGGAUUCUAGGCAGCAUAUAGUAGUGGAUGCUGCCUGGCGCAACUUGGUAUUAGCUUGCCCCGAUUUGACAGUGUCGUAUACUAUAGUGAACAUCUCGCAUUACGAAGAUAUGUAUUACUUACUAUUACCUAGUGUCCCCCUAGCUAAGUUCCACAUGUUCAGCGGGCACGUAUGGGAUCAGAGCAGAUCUCGGAAUUUCAGAAACACGAUCAGUCUGAUAAUUGCUCAAUACACGAAUACGUUAGUUGAAGUUAUGCUGCAGCUUAGAAACAAUCGUGAAUCACUCGAUGAUUUGUUGGUAUCCAUGCUGGUACGCUGCAAACGCUUGACGAGAUUGCAGUAUGAUGGAGUUAUAAGGAGCCUCGAAACUUUACGUGACAUAUGUCAGCUUCAAGCCGAACGUAAAACCCAUUUCAGGACAAUACAUGUGAAACCUCGAAAUGUCAAUAUCCAAAAUCGUGCUAUAUUAAACGAUAUUAAUUAUCGAUAUGAUCGCAAAAUGCACGAACAAGGAGUCGACUUUCGGAUUGAAGAUCCCAACUCGAUUUUAUUCUUUUAUUGAUGAUUUAUUUUGCUACUGUUAAUAAUUUUGAAUCCUUAUAAUUUAAUCAAAAAACGCUAUACCUAUUUUUUAUAUCAAUAUUUUAUGAUGUUAUAAUAUA